AUGGAUACAAGUGGUGCCGUGGAUUUAUCCCAGCGCGAAGCCAACAUCGAGACUACGGGAUCGCCUCUCCGCGUGGCCGUCCGGGGUCUUCUUGCGUUCCUACCGUUGGGUCACAGCGUCGGAUGCUCUCGGGCGGCCCACGUACCUCCGGCAACGGAGAUUGUGUUAUCACGCGCGUGCCUCCGGUACGGACUGAACAUUCGCUUCGUAGGCGGCCGGGUGUCGGGAUGUGUUCAAAAUUUUACGAAAAGUAUUUCGGGUGAUGUCCGAAGCCCCGGCGUCGACCCAUUCUCGGCGCCGAACGGAGACCCGGGUGUCGGCCGCGGUCAGUGUCUUGCGGUCGGAUUCGGACGGGCUUAUGAGUUUCGUCGGGUAGCGGCUGAAAUAGCCGGGGGGCGACCCACCGGACAGCGACUGAACCCGUAA